AUGGCCGGGGCUACCGCCGCGCGGGUCGGGCUCCUGCGCCUCCGGGCCGCCCCCUCCGCCUGCUUCUGCACCCGCCUCGGGGCCGAGGCCACCGGGCCGCCCGUCCAGCAACCUCCCCAGCCGCGCCCGCCCUAUGGAAGCCGGCAGCAGCGAGCCCCCGUCGACGAAGAGCCCGCCGCCCGCGGCUUCUCCAGCAGCAGCUCCCCGGACAACAAGAGCUUCCUCUGGUCGCGCUACAGCGAGGUGAAGCGGCUGGUGCAGGACUUGCUGCCACCCGGGGUGUGCAAUCUCCUGAACCCGUUGACCGUCUAUGCCAACAAUGAGAUUUCACUAAGCACCAUAGAGGUAUACGGCUUUGACUACGACUACACUCUGGCGUUGUACUCUUCUGCUCUUCACUCUCAGAUCUACAACACUGCCCGGGACAUCCUGGUGGAGCAGUAUAAGUAUCCAGCGGGCAUCCUGAAGUAUGAAUACUGGCCCAGUUUUGCGAUCCGGGGCUUACACUACGACAUUGGCAAGGGCUUGCUGAUGAAGAUAGAUGCCUUUCACUACAUCCAAAUGGGUACCGUGUACCGAGGUUUCAAACCUGUUCCAGAUGAGGAGGUGCUGGAGAUGUAUGAAGGCACCCACCACAUCCCCCUGCACCAGGCAAGCGGCUUCUAUGGCAAGGGCCCUUACAUCAAGCAGUUCAUGGACAUUUUCUCCCUGCCCGAAAUGACCCUCUUGGCUGUAGCCAAUGACUUCUUCAUCAGCAACGACAUCGACUAUGACCCCAUCCAUCUCUACAAAGAUGUCACGGAUGCUAUCCGAGAUGUCCACAUUAAAGGUUUUAUGUACAAGUGGAUCAUGCAGGAUCUUGAGAAAUACAUUCUGCGUGGAGACGAGACUUACGCCGUGCUCCAUCGCCUGGCCAGCAAUGGCAAGAAACUCUUCUUGAUCACCAACAGCCCUUUCAGUUUUGUGGACAAAGGGAUGAAGUACAUGGUGGGGCAGGAGUGGCGGGACUUCUUUGACGUGGUCAUCGUCCAGGCGGACAAGCCUCAUUUCUUCAACGAUUGUGUCAAACCUUUCCGGCGGCUGGACUGCAAUGGUGACCUUCAGUGGGAUAAAAUCACCAAGUUGGAAAAGGGGCAGAUAUACAAGCAGGGCAACCUUUUUGAUUUCCUCCGGCUGACGGGCUGGCGCGGAUCCAAGGUCCUCUACUUCGGAGACCACCUCUACAGUGAUCUGGCAGAUCUCAUGUUGCGCCAUGGAUGGCGGACAGGAGCCAUUGUUCCUGAGCUGGAGGUGGAAACCAAGGUGGUGAAUACCGAACAGUAUGCGCAAGGACUCACCUGGAUGCAGGCUUUGACGGGGUUGCUGGAACGCAUGCAGAUGUACCAGGACCCAGAAUCCAAGAAAAUACUGCAGGUGAUGAAGGAACGCCAGGAACUCAGGGCGCUCACCAAGAAUCUGUUCAACCCUCAGUUCGGGAGCAUCUUCCGCACGUGCCACAACCCCACGUACUUCUCGCGCCGCCUAUGCCGCUUCUCGGACCUCUACAUGGGCUCGCUGAGCUGCUUGCUGAACUACGACCUCAACUACACCUUCUACCCGAGACGCACCCCAUUACAGCACGAGGCGCCCCUCUGGAUGGACCAGCUGUGCACCGGCUGCAUGAAGACCCCCUUCCUUGAAGAAAUGGCGCACAUCCGCUAGGGGCCAAAGGAAGGCGACAGAGGGCC